AUGGCAGUGCAUCAUCAUCAAAACCACGUCGUUUUGAUAACAGUCAUGGUGAUGAUCAUCAUGAUAGUUCCAUCGUUGGGUUGUUGCUUAACUCCACCACCGCCACCACUCCCACCGCCAUCGGGACUCCAAUACUGGGUCGGAGAUUCCCUCUGGACCAUCCCUCCUUCCCCUUAUUACUACUCAAACUGGUCUUCUUCCCACUUCUUCAAACUCGGCGACUCACUAGCUUUUGAUUUCGAAACGGGGCGUUACAACGUGAUCCAAGUGACAAGACAAGAGUAUGAGAGCUGCACCUCAUGGAGCCCAAUCAAGAUAUAUUACGAAGGACCAGCAAUCGUUCCCCUGACACAGCAAGGUGUACUUUACUUCAUUUGUAAUUUGUCCAACUACUGCAAUCUCGGCCAGAAGAUCGCCAUUACCGUCCAUGAUUGUCCUAAAACAAAUCCUCCGUCGCCAGCACCGGCGAUACCGGCAUCGCCACCACCUUCCCCGGCUCCUUCAACUGUUAGAAGUCCUCCGUCGUCACCAUCGCCGCCGCCGUAUAAUAAUGGAUCUCGUCAUGGUGAACCUGCUCCAAGUCCAGCUGUUAAUCCUUCACCCAGUGCCGGAAAUGGUCGCCAUUCGCCGGAGAAUAAUGCACCUAAAGCGAACAAGUCUGCUGCUAUUAUGAGUGGAGGAAACAAGUUUGGUUUUGGAUUGUGUAUGAUUUUAUUCAUUUGCUUUGUUGGGGGAAAAAUGUAG